UAUCUCUCGUCUACAAAAGUUCUGGAAUAUAUUACUUCAACUGUCGUUCCGGACAGGAUAGAAUCGUCUAGCUGGCGUACUCUUCAACCUAUUCUCUACCAAACUCCUAAAACUCUUAAAACUUGAUACUUGAACUCUUUCAAAAUGAGCAACUAUCCCUACGCCCCCCCUCCGCCAGCUCCUUCGGCAGCUUCUCCGAGCCCGUAUCCUCCCUAUAGUCAAGGGCCAGGAUAUGCCCAUCCAGCUCCUCGCGGCGGCCAUGCCGGCGCAACGGGCGGUGGCAGAAGUCAUGGUCAUCAUCAUCAUCAAGGACCUGGUCGUAGCGAAUACAGUUCAUCUUAUUAUCAGCAGGACUACUCGUCUCCUAGUGGCGGUCCCUACAACCCUCCUCAACCGGCUAGCUACUGGCAAGGAGCUCCAUCCUCGGGUCAUGGCCAUUCCAGCGGCUCGUCGAUCCCCCCUAACUACCCUCCCAGUUACGCACCCCAAGGCUAUCCGCAGCCUACUCAAUCUUAUCAACCACCCUACCCCAGUCAGCCCUCUCGCCCUCCUUAUGGCGCUGCCCCAUAUGGUCAAGCACCCAGUGAGUAUGCGCAACCUCCGCAGCAGUGGGGUGACCAUGGUCAAGCAUAUCCCCCCUACUCAAGCCGCGGUGGACGCGGUGGGUAUCCGAGUGACCGAAGUGGUCCUCUACGCAACCCCUACCCUCCUGCGCAUCAUCAACCGGCUCCUCUACAGCCACCGUACGGGUAUCCCCCGACUACUGUUCCAGCAUUCCCCGGACCUCCCCAGCCUCAUUAUGGAUCUAGCAACAGAGGUCAUGGUCGUGGCGGCCAUGCUCACUCUAGCAGAGGAGCUCAUGGGAUAGGUAAUGAUCGUGGCGAGAAGUUUCGCCAUCGUGAUCAGAAACCUCACCCAGCCGUCAACUAUCAGAAGUCUGAUUCUGCUUCUGGAAAGAAAAAGAAGCGCAAGACCAAUACGUUGGGACUAACACCCGAUGACGAUGAAUCCGACAAAGGAGAAGUUGUAGACGACGAGAAGCGUCUAGCAGAGCUGUUUGGCUCUGAUGGCCCAGGCAUCCCUGAUGGGGACCUGGAAAAGUGGUUGGCAGAACGACGAGCUAAUUUCCCAACCAAGGCGCGUGUUGCGCAGAAGGAGGCAGAGUUGCACUCACAACUCGCGAAUCACGCUAGCAAUGGAAAGGAGCAAGCGACUAUCCAAGUUGACCCGGUUGAGAAAGAGGCUGAUCGCCUUCGUAAGAGACUCGCCAAACUUGAUAGAAAGAUUGAGAAGCGUAAACGCGCCCCCAAUGAUGAAGGUGAUGAUAUGAGAUCGGAGUCUUCAGAUGAGGAAUCCGAAGACGAGAAGCCCGAGACCUUGCCGACUGACAAGUCAGCCACUGGUUUCUUGCCUCCUCCGCCGAUUACGCGAGCCGACCCCUCUAACCACUGCAAAUACUACUCUACGGGAGGUAUCUGUGGUAAGAAGGGCAAGUGCCGUUUUGUACACGAUCCAGCCGUUCGUGAGGCUGCCCUUCAAGAGAGAACAAGAAAUGGCGGCCAGAUGACACUCAAGCAACGCCUCCUCCUGAAUGACAAGGAUCAGGAUGAUAUGGAGGUGAUUAAGACUAUUGUGGAUAUGCGCUCCAAUGGCCGUCUGCACAAUCCCCAGACUUCGGCUCCGUUAUCUCAAGCCGACGAUCAACCCAAGGAGACGGUUGCUGUUCCGAUGGCUUCUUCAUUGCCUACUACGGGUGGAGAAGCGAACCUACCUCCCAAUCCCUUUGCGCACCUGAAGAACCGCAAGCCAAUCAAGAAACACAAUGAUUGGCCUACCGCAGGCCAGCACCAAGGGUGGAACCCUCCUACCUACGGAAGCGCAGGCAUGCCACCUAAGUAGUUGCCGUCGCCAUAAACUCUGGGAGAGCUUAACUUUCCUACCGAUCUGGUUCGUCCUUUGAAGUGUCACGCAUAACAGCAUUCAUCAAUGUGAUGAAUCAACGCCCACUAAAGUGCUGCCAUGUGGCAGGCGGCAGCUUACAU